AUGGAAGAAAAUAAUUUAAAUUUGCCAGAAUAUGGCUUUAAAGUUAAACUUAAUCAUAAAUUUGCGGAAAAAUGGACACAAGAUCUGCGUCCCCGAUUAAAUCAAUUUUGGAGUAUGAUUCCUCUUAUCAUAAGGUAUUUAAUUUACAGCAUUUAUAUUUUGUGCAAGGGUAGGAGGCCUUUGAUGGACUACAUGAAAAACCUUAAUGGAAAACAAAUGUAUGGAGUGCCUUUAGGAGGAAUCGGUUCAGGGUCAAUAGGUAGAGGUUUUAAAGGAGAAUUUUGUAGAUAUCAGCUUAGACCUGGUAAUUACGAAUAUGAAACAAUUUAUGGAAAUCAAUUUAUCCUUACUGUUAGAGAUGGUGAAGGCAAUGCUGUUUUUCAAAAAGUAUUAAACUGUGGAAGAGCUCCUAAAUCAUGUUUAAAAAAUUGGGAUUGGACUUUGAAUGGAGAAAAUGCAAAUUAUGUAGGACUUUAUCCAAGAUCAUGGACAGAAUAUAAUAUUGAAGAACAGAAACUCAGACUUAUUUGCAAACAAAUAUCUCCAGUCAUUCCUAACAAUUACAAGGAUAGCUGUAUUCCAGGAUCAAUGUUUAUUUGGCAUAUUGAAAAUCAAAGUAAUGAAGUUAAAGAUGUAAAUAUAACAUUUACAUUUCAAAAUGGUAUUGGAGAAAAGGGAGAUAAAAAAAAAGGAUGUUGGAGUCAAAUGUUUAAAGAAAAUUGUUCGAAUGGAAAUAUAUUGGGAGUUUUAAUAAAUCAUGUUAUUUCAUCGAUGAAUUAUACAUUUGGUAUCUCUGUUUGUGAAAAAGCAGGAGUUCACGUUUCUUGCCUUAAAAAAUGGAAUCCAUUAGGAAAUGGAAAAGACAUUUGGAAUAAAAUAAAAACAGGGAAAUUGGAAAAAUUUGAUUUCGAUCCUUCACAUCACACAGCCAAUGGUGAACAAUUAGCAAGUGCUGUUUGUGCUCAAACUCUAAUACCUGGAAAAAGUGUUUCCACACUCGAGUUUAAUCUGAUUUGGGAUAUGCCAAAAAUUAAUUUUCAUGAAAAUAAAAAGCAAUAUUGGAAAUAUUAUACGAGAUUUUUUGGAAAAGAAAAAAAUGGACCCAAACUUUCUGCUUAUUGUUUUGAAAAUUAUAAAAAUUGGGAUUUAGAAAUAGACAAAUGGCAAAAUCCUAUUUUAAAUGAUGAUAAUUUACCCUCGUGGUAUAAAAGUGCACUUUUUAAUGAAACCUAUUUCGUAUCCGAUGGUGGCACAGUUUGGCUCGAUUUAGACGAAGAUGAAAAAAAACUUUUAUCAGCAAACGAUCCUAGGUGCGAAUACGGUCGUUUUGCAUACCUUGAAGGUCAUGAGUACAGAAUGUACAACACUUACGAUGUUCAUUUUUACGCAUCAUUUGCUUUAGCCAUGCUAUGGCCAAAUCUUCAAAGUUGCGUACAAAGAGACUUUUGCGAUACCGUACCUCAAGAAGAUAGAUCACGGCAAUGGCAUUUAUUUAACGGUAGCAUUGGAUACAGAAAAGUUAAAAAUUCCGUACCACAUGAUUUGGGAGAUCCAUUUGAAGAACCUUUCUUAAAAAUUAACUCUUAUCCAAUACACGACGUUUCGGAAUGGAGGGAUUUAGAUUUGAAAUUUGUUCUUCAAUCUUACAGAGAUUAUUUUUUAAAUAAUGAUUUAAAUCAGUUGAAGUAUCUUUGGAAAAGUGUUUGCGUACUUAUGAAUAAUGCACUUCGAUGGGAUAAAGAUGGCGACGGCCUAAUUGAAAAUGUCGGCGAACCUGAUCAAACGUACGACGCGUGGACCAUGGAAGGCCCAAGUGCUUAUUGUGGAAGUUUAUGGCUUGCAGCUUUACAAUGCACGUGUAAAAUGGCUUUAAUUCUUUCGGACGUUGACACUUACAAUAAAUUUUCUGAAACGUUAAAAAUGGCGCAACAAUCUUUUGAUAAAAAACUAUGGAAUGGAAAAUAUUAUAAUUUCGAUUGUUCUGAAAAAUGGGGAACGACAAUAAUGUCGGAUCAAUUAUGCGGUUUAUGGUAUCUUUAUUGCUGUGGAAUAAAAAACGAGGUGUUACCUCCCGCCAAAGUUAACUCUUCACUUCGUUGCAUAUACGAAAACAAUGUUUUGAAAUUAGGCAAGGGUAACUUGGGAUGUGUUAACGGCAUGCUUCCAAAUGGUGAAAUCGACAUUCACACUCUUCAAAGCGAAGAAAUUUGGGUCGGAGUCGUUUACGCAUUGGCUUCUCUCAUGAUAUUCGAGGGAAUGGUAGAAGAGGGUUGGAAAACGGCUCGUGGAAUUUACGAAACCGUAUACGAUCGCAUCGGGAUGGGUUUCGAGACUCCGGAAGCUUUGAGGGAAUCAAAGAAAUAUCGAGCCAUCGGGUACAUGCGUCCUUUGUCAAUUUGGUCGAUGCAGUUGGCGUGGAAUAUGCGAAACACAAAUUAA